AUGUCAACACCAGCUAGAAGAAGACUAAUGAGAGACUUCAAACGUAUGAAGGAAGAUGCCCCCCCAGGAGUGUCUGCUUCACCUUUACCUGAUAACGUCAUGGUAUGGAAUGCUAUGAUUAUUGGACCAGCUGAUACUUCGUAUGAAGAUGGCACAUUUAGGUUAUUGUUGGAGUUUGACGAAGAAUAUCCUAAUAAGCCACCGCAUGUCAAAUUUUUGAGUGAAAUGUUCCAUCCCAACGUUUAUGCGAAUGGCGAAAUUUGUCUGGACAUUUUACAAAACAGAUGGACUCCAACAUAUGAUGUGGCAUCUAUAUUGACAUCUAUUCAAAGUUUGUUCAAUGAUCCAAAUCCGGCCUCGCCAGCAAACGUGGAAGCUGCGACGUUAUUCAAAGAUCAUAAAUCACAGUACGUCAAAAGAGUGAAAGAGACAGUAGAGAAAUCUUGGGAAGAUGAUAUGGACGAUAUGGACGACGAUGACGACGAUGACGAGGACGAUGAAGGUGCUGACUGA